UAGUGCAGGUGCCCAGCCGCGUUCCGGUCCGGCCCAGCCCAGCCCAGCCCCGCGCGCCGCCUUUGCUUCCCCGCUCCCGCCUCCUUCCUCUCCGAAGCCCGUGACGGCGCUCGCUCUGGACACGCCCUGCGAGGCUGUGGCUGCGGGCCGUCCAAGCAGCCUGGCAGACCGUGCCACCCAUUGCCUUGCUCGCCUCCCUCGCCAGCCCUCGCCCGCCUGGAGCUGCACCACGGAGGCGUCUCGCUCCGCUUCGCCCCCGCGCCGACGGAGCCGAUGGGCUCCACCGAGGAGUUACUGUUGCUGGCGCCCAAGUGCGCGUUGGAGAGGGAGCGGGAGUCGGCGCCAUCGCUAGGUGGGAGAGCGGCAGCCCGGCCCAGGCGCCAACAGCAGCAGCUGCGCCCUGAGGACGAGCAGCAGCAGCAGGUCCAACAAGAAGGAAGAAACAACAACAGUGAUGAACCGGUGAUAGAUGACCAUAAAAAGAUGGGUACUCUCUUUGGUGAGCUCAACAAAAGUCUCAUCAGCAUAGGCUUCACAAGGAUAUACUUUGGAGAACGGAUUGUAGAACCUGUCAUAGUCAUAUUCUUCUGGGUUAUGCUCUGGUUCCUUGGUUUACAAGCCCUUGGACUUGUCGCUGUCCUGUGCCUUGUCAUCAUUUACGUGCAACAAUAAAACACAGCGUAUGGCAGAUAAACAACGAUGUCACGUCUUGGUGGAUUUAUGUACUUAGCCAAACAGGGAUAAUGUAUUAAAAACUGCUGUGCUGAACUCUGUAGCCAACUUCUGCACUCUUGCUUUUCAGACUGACACUAUCUUUGCAAUUUAAAAGGAAUCUAAACAUUUCUGAUUCACCAUGAACAGUAAGUACAGGGGAAUCUUGGUACAGGACUGUGGAACCUAAUGUUUUUGAAUGUGAAGCCUGCGAGCUUCAGUUCUUACUGGUAUGAAACGUCUUUGUAUAAAUUGUCAGCAUUGUUUUGAUAUUUGUGCCGUGGCUGCUUUCAACUGAUUACCUAUGUUUUGUAUUGGGAACCGAACUUUAAAAGGCCGAUUUGUAUAAGCUUUUAUGCUUUUAAUGAUUUUUUUUUACUGUAAAUCUUUUUGCAAACUUUUUCAGCUUCAAUUGUUACACAGUUAAUUGUGUGUACCUGCGUGACUGUAUGAACAUACAACAUCUACCAAAGCAAAUCUGCUUUUGUAUAACAAACUGAUGCCAUUAAUGCUAGAAUUGUAUUCAGAUUAGCAUUUCUGCUUGCACAAGGGGAGGCCUGCAGUUUAUGUGGAUUCUCCCCUCCGGCUGCAGCUUUGUGUGCCAUGUCUCAGACUGUUCCCAAAGGUCCCAUGAUGCUCAGAUGUGGCUUCUCGGGUGGCUGCAACAGAGGAGCAUGCAGGAAAAAUCAAUUCUGCACGCGGAAAUCUGCUUGUGGUUCCUAGCCUUCAACCUAACGCCUGUGUGUGUGCCAUCAAGUCACCUCAAACAUAUGGCAACCCUGCAGGGUUUUCAAGGCAAGAGACUAACAAAGAUGGUUUGCCAUUGCCUUCCUCUGUACAGUAACUCUGGCUUUCCUUUGUGGCCUCACAGCCAGUUACUAACUGGGGCUGACUCUGUUUAGCUUCUGAGAUCUGACACAACCUUCUGGGUCAGGGCAACCAAAUUCCUACAUAAAAGGAGGAAAACGUUUUGAACUUUGCAGAUAACCUGAAAGCUUCUCCCUCCCUGGUCAUGUGUCCAUUGUCUCUUCACACUUUUAAAAGAGAUAUCUUGACAUUGGUGAUCAGAAUAAAAACACUUGUGUUGUAUAACAGCUUUAUAACUUAACUGCAUUCUAAUUUUGACAUUUCUGCAAAAGGAAAGAAGCAGACUUUAGGUCCUAGACGAGCUACAUAAAACACUCCAACAAUAAUCUUUGUUUUUUUCAGUCAUGUGAGCAAAGUUCAUUGGGGGGCAAAGUUCUACGUUUGGACCUAGAGAUCUCAAUUCCAACUCACUUUGUUUAUCCUAAUGCCCUUGCUGCUACUGUAUCCCAGGGCCAGAUCUAGUGGAGCGAGAGAAAACAUCUGUCGAAGGCAGCAUGCAGACAGGACUGGUGGCUCCAUGAUAGAGAACCUGCCUCUUGCCGAUAGCCACCUGGCAUAAAAGAACACCCCUUGAACUGCUCAGUUCUGAGUCUCCAGAGGUAGCAACCUGGUACUUCCCGCCGUGCCUGCCAGCCCCUUCUGCCAACUUUGUCAGGCAGACAUUAACUGUUACAUUCCUACAAGGAGCAGGGAUGCUGAUCAGCCCAAGCCAGGGAGCCAGGACACCUGGUGAUGCGAACAUAGCUCACUCCUUCCCUCACUCACAAAACUUGCAAUGAGUUUCAGUUUGUCCAACCCAUUACCAACCUUGGUUACCGGAGAGUGAAAUUGUUGCACCUUUUUCUGAUGGAAAAGAGAAACAUCAGCAUCCACUCCAGGCAUCCAAUAACCCAGAGAGCAUUCAUUAUUUAGUUAUUUAUAAGCUUGACUUUGUCCCUUAAAUCAGGACCCAAGCUGACUAGCAACAGAUUAACAUACAAAUACACAACAUUAACAUAUGCCAAUAAACCUUCAUUUAACUGCAUCCCUAAAGACAAUUGGAAAUUUAAAAUGGAUUUCAAAAAAUAUGGAAGAUUCCUGAGUGCUCAAAUGGGGAACAGUUUUCCAGCUCUACUAGAAUCUAGUCUGCUGGGAGUACACAUAGUUGAUCCAGAAGGACACCAUUAUCAGUAGUUCCAAAAGCUGAAGAGAAAUCCAGUAGAUUCCAUAGGAUUACAAAGAAUCUCUACCUCAGCAACCUUAUGUCCUUGUAGGCAGAUUGGAAUAGGGUCCAGUUUAUUAAUAUCAUGCAGAAGUACAUGUGAUUAUUUAGUUUAUGUUUGCUCAGCUUGAAGAACAGUAUUUGGUGCUGACCUGUAAUUUCCCAAAAUCACAAGGAUACUGUAAAACAUUUCAUCAGUGAGGCAUUUGUAAUGUUAACCAAGUCAUUGAUUUUUUUUCCAGUUUUUCUAAUCUAACUACAAAGGAUAGGGGUCAAACAAGUAUAUGGCACUCAUGGAAUCUAAGCCCUUGUCUACAGUCUUGAGAAUUAACAGUAGAAAUGUCAUCAGUAAAAUCUGAGAAGAACCACUGAUCCCUUUUAAUAAAUAAUGACAUGAAGGACAGAGUGGAUGCAAUUUUACUUGCAAGUAUCACUAUGAAUGUGUUAUAGUGGCUUACAGGCAACCCAGUCCAAAGCGAGUGGGUAUAGCCACGGCAGUUCACCCACACCACCUCCAAUGGGGUUUCAAGUAGUGCAGGAUGCGGGGGAAAUAUAAAAACCCAGGCACCUGAAAAAUCCCACUUGGAUCACUGACUUCCACCACAUUUUUGGUGGCAUAAGUCAACUCCUGGCAUAGGGGGCAAAAUCCUUUGGGAGCCAAUUGGGAGCCAAUUUGGGAGCUGAUUAAAGUUGGGAAUGCCCCCUCCAUGCCAUCAGAGGCUGUUGCGGCUGAGGACUGCCCCCACAGCCUGUCACCAAGUAAGUCCCUCGAUGCCAGCAUCCAUGCCACUUUGCAUGGUAUCAACACAAUCCUUCCAAUAUGACUUUGCCCCACCCCUUUGGGUUGCACAGUAGGGAUUCUAAGGGAAGAAGAACCAGAUUUAAAACCCCUUUGCUCUAUGGAAAUGUUCAGCUGGGUAUGAGUGUGUUGACAUACAGUAACAGAAAAGUCAGAUUAUUGCCAUGGGAUAGGAUUUAGAUAUCAGUAUUUUUCAAGCCUUUGGAAGCAUGAUCCAGCCCUAAACACACGAAUCUCACAUCAGCUACUACUGAAUGAAUUUGUAUUUUUCAUGUUUAGUGUUUAUACAUAGAGAGCAAAGAACAUGCUACAUUUUAUGGCCAUCUUACACAUUACACAAGGCAGGGCUGCUUGAUUAAUCCCAGGUGCCAGGUCAACACGGUGCCUAGAAAUUUAAUUACAGCAUCUAGUAUUUAUUCAUAGAUAAUGUAAAAGAGUAGUUGUUCACUAACAAUUCAUAGAGGGCAACAUAAUUUAUCAUUUAAAAGGGUUAUUUAUAGAAGUAUAUGUAUAUUAUAUACAUCCAUUAUAUAGUAUAUAUAAAGAAAAAUUAUAUAUAAUAGAUUGUACUUUUGCCCCUUUAAAAAAAUGUAGACGUUCGCUGCUGAAUUGUAAAGUUCCCUAGUCACAGCUGUGAACAUAUUCUAGAGAAUCCAGGAUAAUCAAGAACCAUGGGAAAUAUGCUUGCAGAUAUUCCUGGCUCAUACGAAAUAGUGUAGUUUAAUUAAUAGGUCAUGGUUAAUGCUUUUUGUUAUGCAUCUUAUAAUUCAGAUCACAUUAUCGAGUUCACUUCUCUCUUAAGUUUGUUAGAAUGUCACAGAAUGCCCCUUGGUAAAGCCACGUGCGUGCAGUGUGUUUUCAAAUUAUUGAGAUCAGUUAUAUUGCAAAGUAAAGGAUUAUUUGAGUGAGAGGAUUGUGGGAAUAUUAGAACAUUAGACAAAAGUGAAGCCCUACAAAUGCUGUGAAGAUAUGAAGUAAUGACUUCGCAAUUUUUGCUUUAUGUACAUUGUACGGGUGCUACAGGCCACGUAGACAGUUCUCCUUGAAACAAUGCUUUCAUGAUUGCACAAUUCAAAAAGCAGUGGAGAUUUUCUUUUACAAAAACUUUAUUCUUUAACAUAAUUACACUUUUGAAGCAGAAUAAAGAUUACAAAAUAAAAAGUCAGAAUUUUAGCAAGUGGUGUAUUUGGGUAGUAUUUUGCUGCCUCUUCAGCUUAUUGCAGUUUAUAUUCUGCAUCUUUAAAUGAAUUUCUGGAUUUGGGUUUAUCAGCACAAGAGAGGGACCAUCAGCAUCCUAGAGAAAAUUCCACUUCCUCCCUUCCAGCUUUUCCUACGUCCAACUCCCCACCCACCAUUCUGCCCCCCCCCCCCCACCUACGCACUUCAGCUUCCUUCUUGCCACACUGGCUCACAUGCCCUGCCCACUUUAACUUCUCCUACCUGCUUGUACUCUUCUCCCUAUUUAGGGUGGGAAAAGGGGGAAGAAUUAGCUUAUGUUUAUCUCCUUACCUUUUGUUGGGGGACACUGCAGUGAUUUUGCAUGUAAUUUUGCAAAAGCAAACCAAAUGGCACCCAAAUGCCAGGGUUUUUUUAAAUUAACAUUUGUUAACUUGAGAGAAUUGUACCCCAAUUUUUGUUCCAACAGGAUCAUAGUUCUCCUGGACCGGCAAGAGCCAUUCGAUCACAGCUGUGGGUAGCCUGUUCUGUGAAUUACCUAUCCACAUGGUGGCCAUCCCUUGCUAUUAGAUUUCCAGAUAAGCUAAUUUAAUGUUGAAAAUAAGUGAACCAAUACUGUUUCUCCUCAACUUGCUGCAUGCCACCCACUAAAACUUUCUUCUCCUUUCAGCCUGCUUCAUUCCCACUGGCUACUUCUGAAUGGUAUUUUAACCCCUCCCCCCCCACACACACAUACUUCUUUAGUUUUCAGAUUUAUCUUCGAACUAUGGGGUUAUCUCAUAUUUGUAGGACUAUGUACCCUACCUAGCCUGGAGGAGUUUGCAGAUUUUUUGAUCUACACUGGGGGGCCAACUUAUUAUUAUUGGAUACAUGAUUUAAAUUACUGUUUACAGGAAUCUUAUCAAGAUUCAAAAGUCAUGCACAGUGUUUCCAGACUCUUCUUCAUGAUGCAUCACAAAACAGCAAAGAUCAUUGAUUCAUCCAGUGUUGCGAAUAGUGCAGCAUGAGUGCAUAAAUAGUGAUACACACACCAAUACAUGUACAGAAGUCAUUUCUGCUCACACACAGGUUCCCUAAUUUCUACAUCGGUAAUAGGUUGGAGUGACCUCAUUUGCAGUGAAACGCUGUUAUACACAAACUGACAACAAGUUGAAUUGUUUGCUUUACAAUAUUUGUAUAAACCAUACUUUGAAAAUAAUCCAUUGUGUUUUCUAAUAAAAUAUUUGCUCAUUACAAGUU